CCUGUGCACAUGCGCAGUUAAAUCAAAUUUAAUGGCGAUCAUGUUUACAUAUUUGAGGAACCCCACGUAAACCUGAAGUUAUGUAACAAAUAGACAAGGAUCGGCAAUAAUUUCGUUAAUUUACCUUAUUUUGUUAAAGACAGAAUCCCUCACAUCACACUUACUUGGUUCAGGUGUGCACAGUGAGGCAAGAUGCAGUACUACGACAGUAAAUCCCAGCUGGACAACAUGAGUGAUGUCGACUCGCAGGCUGCAUCCGCAUUUGAGAUGCGACCAUGGCCGUCCCACUACUCAUCCCAGAUUUCUAUAACGCCCAGCUACAAGAGCUACCUCUCUGCGUACACCCCAUCACAGGUCUCCUCAUUCUACAUCCUUCCAGUUACUGCGGAUACUCCUGACCAGAGACGACGUCCAGAACACAACUGGGGAAUGGCGUUCUGUUCACUGCUUAUCAACCCCAUUUUUGGUAUAGCUGCAAUUUUGUUGGCAGAAAUGUCAAAGGAAUAUUUCAACAAGAAGGAAUACAUUCAAGCCUCGAAGUACGGCUCCUAUGCAAAAGGCACCGCGAUGGGCGGCAUCAUCGUCACCAUCAUCUUGAUUGUCCUGAUCAUCGCACAAGCCAUAAAUUACCAUUUAAAGUUUAACUACUGAAAGUGCUACAGCAUGUUAGUCCAUAUUAGUAUGUGUUUUAACUUGUAUCAUUCCUUUUGUAUAUAAGACAGACUUUUUAUUUUAAGUUCAAGGCUCUGAAUAUUGUAAGUUUAUAAAAUUGGAAUUGUUUUAAACAUAAGCUCAAGUCUAUAAGGUACUAAAUACUGUAUCUUCAUAGGUUAUGAGCAUAACAGAGUUGAAAUCCUGGGUUUUAGGCCAGACAAAAUAUUUUUUUUGUUUCCAUCCAGGGACACAGGGUCUGUCAGUCAAUUGAUUUGUUUAUAUUUAGUUCCAAAGAAAUACAGAUCAAAGGUUAUUUAUUUAUAAUAUUCAUAUCUUGGUUAUAUCAUGUCAAGAAUAUUUCUCUCACUUUUAGCAACAAAAUUAUUUGAGGUCAUAAUGUCAAAUGAAAAUUCUGUAUUGUUAAAUGAUAAAAAUGUUAACUCGAUUGCAUUUAAGGUAGGUGGUUUAAUUUAGAGCAAAAUGUGAAAACGAUUCCAUAGCAAAGUCAAGAUAUAUUUUUAUCAUUCCAAAACCUAUAAAUUCAGAGACGGUGCGUUUGUAUAUAAUAUAUAUGUUUCAUUUAUAUAAUCAUAUAAACAUUUGUAUAUUAUCUCUUUUUUAUCUCUUGUAUAUAUAGAGACAUGUACAUUCUUGGUUUUACACAAAUUUUUGUCUGUACAGGCAACUAAGUUGCAAUAUUUUAUAUGUUAUUUUUUAAAAUCUUUUUUAUGUUAUAUAGCAUUCCACAACACAUUGCUUUUUGGAACUACAACACUGUGCAUUGAACAUGUAUAUCCAUGGGUGAUUUUGAACGGUUUAGCAAGGCUGCUUUAUAAAGAUACAAAGCAGCCAAAUGUAUAAAACCAGUUAAGUUUUUGGUUUGGUUAAAGUUAUCCAAAAUGUUUAUUGAUUGGUCAA